AUGGACGACAUGAAGUUGAAAGAUCCUCGGACAUGUCGAAUUUUCUUCUCUUCUCCAUUUGGAGGGAUGGAGGAAGAAAGAGAAGAACUGACAAAAAAAUACUUUCCCCAAAUCCAUCAUUUUUGUAACAAGUAUGGGGUAAACUUCGUCGCUGUUGAUAUGAGAUGGGGUAUAACAUCGGAAGCUUCUGCCAGCUCCCAAGUUAUUAACAUUUGUCUAAGAGAACUAGAUCGAUCCGACUUCUUUGCGGGAUUUUUUGGACAGAGGUAUGGCUGGCAUGGUCGAGAUGACAGCAGCCUACAAGACAACUUUGAUAAUGCUGUUGGCAGAUACCCAUGGCUGGAUAAAGUUAGAGACAGAAGUGUCACAGAACUGGAGUUUUUACAUGGCCAUCUCAACAACCCUGGGGCAUUACCAGCUGUUCUUUGUUUUAGGAAUAAAGAAUAUGAUGACAAGGAGAGAGAGGAGGGUAAAAAGAGAGGAGACAAGAAACACGUGUUUAAAUACUCGACAGAGAGUGACCUAGCCACUCAGUUAAUGGAGGAUCUGAAACAACGCUGCUCUCAAACUAAGGACAAGACUUACGGAGUUCAUCUGAGCUAUCCAAACCCUCAGGAAUGUGCCAAGAUAAUAUUUGAUGCUAUCUGGAAGUAUCUGAACAAAGUCCUGCCACAGCAGCAAUCCACUGAAACUGAGACUAAGAGAAGUAUACUGUUGGCUCAACACGAUGCCUUCCUAGCCAGCAGACAGAAAAUGUAUGGAGUGCAAGACAAGAAUUUAUCAUCUCUUUUGAGUCUGAUUAAUAAAGAAUCUUCAAGCCCACUUUUGGUGACUGGAACCUCAGGAUGUGGAAAAUCCACUCUGUUGAGUGUGUUUAUUUCCAAAGUAAAGUCUGAGUACAGAAGUCAGUUUUGCCUGGUCUAUCACUGUGUAGGACAUGCAGAGGACAGUACAGACCCUGGUCAGAUCCUGCAGAGACUGACAGAUGAACUGGAGUUUGCUGUUGAUGUAAUGGAGGGUAGAAGGGAGAGAACCACGCCCAGUAAGACAGAGGUAGAGGACGUGAGAGACAUCAUCAAUCAGCUGUCAGCCAACAUCAGUCAGGUCCAGAGUAAAGGCAAACAGUGUAUCCUCGUUAUCGACGGCGUGGACAAGGUGUCCAAAACAUCCAGGACCGAGGAGGUUUUGUUUUGGCUUCCAAGAAAUCUCCCGGAUGGAACAAAAAUGAUAGUGUCAGCCAACUCCUCUCAGUCUGAUAUUGUAGAGGAACUCGUCACCAACAGAUCUUACGACAAACUGGAAGUACAGGAAUUAUCUGAGGACCUGAGACAGGAAGUCUCUGAGAAAAUGUUGAUGGAAGUUGGAAAAGAGUUAUCUCCCUCUCAAAUGAGGAAAAUUAAAGAGUCCAAUGCAGCCAAAAAUCCCAGAUACCUGAAAGUCUUACUGAACGAACUGAUUGUGUUUGGGUAUUUUCGUCUCCUUGAUCAGAAAAUUGACUCUCUGUUGAAAAGUGGAAGUGUUGAUGAAUUGUUUGAAAAAGUCUUGGAAAGAUUAGAAGAAGACUACAGAGAGAUUGAAUUUGAGGGAAAUUUAGUAGAACAGGUGACCUGUGCUAUCUGCCUGUCCAGACAGGGGAUGUCUGAAGCAGAACUAACAGACAUGUUCUCUGUCCCCUCUCAUAUUUGGUCACCACUCUUCUUCUCUGUGGAAAAGUACUUCAUCGACCAAAGGGGUCUUAUUCAGUUUGGGUUUUCGGAAUUUAGAGAUGCAGUCAAAAGAAAAUACUUAGCAGAUGAAAACUUGAGGAAAAAGUAUGUGCAGUGCAUAGCUAAUUAUUUUGAGGGACAAAAACAGAAACUAUCAAAGCUGCACACAUUGAAGAAUAGCGAAUUCGCAAGAAUAUCUUUAGAACUGCCAUUUGCAUAUCAAACCUUACAUGAAACAGAAAAAUUAGCAGCGACUUUGUGCGACUUGUCAGUGCUGAGUUAUCUAAUAGAUGGAAAUCGGUACAUAACAGAAGUGUAUGACCUCUGGAAGUCCACCGGUUACCCUUGGGACGAGAUCACAGAAAAGUAUCUGGCAGUCGUGGAUCUACAAGUAGCAGAACUGUACAUAAAUAAACAGGAAGACGGGGGUGUUGAUCAGGAGAGCCCUGGCCUUAUGGUAAUAGAUGAUCUCUGGAAUAUUAACAGAUUGCUUGAUUACGUCCAUUAUUUUAAUGGGUGUGAAAAAGUCUUGGAGAGAAUUCUGGACAUUAAUGCAAAAAAUUACAAUGAAGUCAACAAAUCAAAGAAUUUGACAAGGGAAGAGGCUUUGUACAUGCUAGCAGUCGUGUAUCAUCACAAUAGCAAACUGCAGAAGAGUACUGAGAUUCACCAACAGGUGCUAGAAAUUCGAGAAAAGAGAGUACCAGAUAUGUCAACUGCAGACAAGUCAGACUUGGCAAAAUUAGGUCACUCUUACAAUGGAAUUGGCACAAAUUAUCAAAUCACAGCAGAUUAUGAAAAGGCUGAGGAGUAUUUGAAAAAGUCUUUGGAAUGUGCAAAGAUAGGGAAUGCAAAAAAUGAUAUGGCGAGUUGCUAUCAGAAUUUGGGCAAUAUUUGCCUGGCAACAGGGGAUUAUCACAAGGCUAUGGAACAUUUUGAAGAGGCAAUUCAGUUAACAAAAGAGGUGUUUUUUGGCCAUCAGCCAUUAAGCUUAGGACUGCUAUAUAACGACUUGGGAGUCUGCUGCAGGAGGCUGAAUCAAGUCGAUAACGCUGAGAAAUAUUACCAGAUGUCUCUUGAUGUGAAGAGAAACACAGUAGGUAAUCGUCACCCUCUUCUUUGUCAAACUUACGUGUCCUUAAGCUUCAUAGAGACAUCAAAGAACAACUAUCAAAAGGCUCUGGAAUAUAACCAGUUAGCAGCAGAGAUCUACAGGGAAAGUGGGACUCCAGAAAAUGAUGUUAAUUAUGCAAGAUGCAGAGAAAACAUCAUUUUGAAUUUGAUUAAUUCAAACAGGAUGGCAGAUGUUGUAGAAUUAUACAUACCAUUUUUUGAGUUUUUGGAGAAAGAAAUGAACAGUGGCAAUGUACACCUUAUAAAUGGAACAUUGCCAUUGGUGCAUGCUGACAUUGUGAAAUACCUAAUACAGACCAAACAAGAUGAAGUUUCUCAAAGAAUUCUCAAAACAUUAAUCAAAACCAAAAUUGUCAUUCCAAUAUAUUAUGUCUAUCUUGAUGAAGUUAACAAGAGACUUAAUAAUCCUGGUGAAAGGGCACCAAAAGCAGAUUGGAGUGAAGGGGCCAUGUCUGUUGAUGAGGCACUUCAGAAAUGGCCUGCAGACAGACGUCUACUGGAAUAUAAAUUUAGAAAUCUGAUUGAUGCAGGGAAUUCAGGGACACUUAUUGAUUCAUUCAAUGAUGUGUGUCCACGGAUCUAUAACUUUGGUAAUCUGUUGAACUUUGUCUGGGAGAUGUUUGCAACAUCAAAAAUAUUCAACAAUAAGAUGUUUCUUGAAUUCAACAUCAAUGCUCUGAAUCAUCUGCCAGAGAAUGACGUGGAAUGCUUUCUGAACUGUGUGAGAAACACUGCGGAAAGUUAUGAAAGAGAGAAACAGCCAGAGAAAGCUUUAAGAUACUACAAACAGUGGGCAGAACAAGACAAGGAUAACCCACAACCAUAUUUAAAAGUUUGUUACUGUCUUGCAAUGGUUGGUGACAUUGAAGAGGCCAAGAAAUAUUGCACACAAGCAAAAGAAAAAGCUAAUAUGGAUGGUAAUAAUGAUCAAACAGAUAUACAACAAAAGAUUUUAACUAUGUGGAAUCUUCUAGAGGAAGCAGAAAAAGAAAUGAAUAAGGAGUCGUAAAGACAGUUGGAUAUUGUCAGAUUAAAUGUGGCAUUCGAUAGAUUUUUACCUAAUUAAAGCAGUGCUAGCAUGUUACAUCUACACAAGAUGCUUUAAGAUGAAAAUUUAGAAAAUAUAUACUGUAUACAACCAUUCUACUAGAAUGUGCAAUAGAUUAAAAGAAUAGUACCUCUGACAUAGAAAGUGUCAAAUUAUGCAAUAUUGCAAGUUUUAUCUUACAAUCUUGUAUUAGGGUAGUAUAUACCAAAAUCCUAUGAGAAUUGUCAAAAUAUUUUUCUCAAUGAGUAAAUUUUCUCUCUUCAGUGAAAUAUGUAAUGAGAAAGGUAAUUGUUACCUAUCAUAAAAAUACAGAUAAUUUUUCUGUGCACAGUCUCUUUGACUUAGUAAUGUUUAAGCAAUUACAUGUUUUUGCAGUCCAGUAGCAUAACUGAGUCUAUAUUGCUAGUAACAAAAGUCAUAAUUUAUUAGAAAGUUAAACAUUUUUUUGGUUUAUGUUAAAAAUAUUUGACAUUGAUGUUUACUCUGUAUUUUUAUUCAGGUUUCAUUUUUGAUAUUUCUUAUUUAUUUUUCAACACUCAUAUACCCUAUACAUUUUUAUAUUUACAUGCCCGUUAUUGGACAUGUAUUUACAACAAAAUCUUAUGCUGUGGUCUUUUGCAUUUUAUAAA